AAAUGCAUUAACAAUUAAAUUGGGUCGGACCCAUAUCCUAUCUACAAAACCCUCCCCAUACCAUUUGACGGAAAAAGCGGGUAUUUGAUGUAUUGCAGCGUCAGCCUCGGAGGAAACCAUGUCUACUCUUUCUUCUCUCAUCACAAUUCCUUCCACAACUCUCAAGUUUCAGGCUUUGCCGCUGAAGAAAGAAGCGAUGUCUUCCCUAGCAAUUCCUUCAACAAAUCUCAAGUUUCCGGUUCAUCGGUUUCGGUGCCAACCCAGUCAUUUAUGUAGAAGUUCAAAAACUUACGUUCCUCAUCAAACUUCAUAUACGCGUACCACUUCAGUUAAAGCAUUGGUGGCUGACAAUAAUGAGCCUAAUGAGGUCAAGAUGCAGAUCGGGAUCGUGAAGAAGAAAUUAAAAGAAGUAAUGCCAAGUCCGGUUCAAGAAUUUCCUUGGAGAAAAGCUCAACAUACACUUCUUGACAGACUGCCGCUUCUUGUGCAAGAAGCAUUAAAGUGGUUACUUAUUGCAUAUUUCAUCAUUAGCUCCUUAUCAGAUGUUGUGUAUACAUUCUCUAUAAACCGGGAACUAAUCAUUCCCGUCGGUCUCUUUGUCGGCUGCCUUAUUGCUGGUUUCUUAAAGGAGGUAUCUCUUGAAUUGUUUCAUCAAUUUGAGGAGAUUGAUUUGAAAUGGCGUCAGUUGGGCUUGUGUGGUCUUUUUGCAUUGGUCAAAUUUACGUCGACAUGGUUCUCUCUACAACCGUCCUUGUUUCUUUUGCAUGUUGCAAAUGGUGGCCUGAUGCAGCUACUUUGGUAUUGGAGAAAUUUUAUGGAAGAUGCAAAAAACGUACGAGAAAUGACGAACACUUCUAGUUUGGAGGCAUAAAUGGAAAGACGGAAAGUGAAAUUCUAAAUUUUGUUGAGCCGAGCUGACAUAACCUUCAAUUUUCUACAAAAGUGUAGCCAGUGUGACAUGGAUUCGUAUAGCAGCAACUAACAUUUUUCAAUCAUCUAGUUCACAUGAACUAGUUUGUAUUUAUUCCUUGCUUAUUCAAGUGAAUGAAAAACACUCAAUAGAGCCAAUUUUGAGAAUCAUUUGUCACCAUAAAUGAGAACCCACUUAUGUGUGUUA